AUGGCCAGACUGGACUCGAGCAGAUCAAAUGGAUCUUCGCUCUCACAGUCAUCAGGCACGUCCAGCAUGGGCGUUGGAGGUAAUGCUGCCUUCCAAGCCGGAUCCCAAGGCGUUGGAAACCUCACCGGAAUGGAUUCUUGCGUGUUUUUCGAGAGCGACCCAGCUGUCAUUUCCCAAGGAUUCUGGUCUGGCUACCAAGAUGCCAGCAACGCUACGGAUGAUGCCGCAUUCGCCGUGCCUCAAGGGACCGAGCUCGUGGUGGACCCGGCUCAGCUCUGGGUGCCCGAGGCUCCUCUCUCAAGCAAUGGAUCCCCCGUGUCCUGGUGUAUUGACGGAUCCGUCUCCAGGACCCCAUCGCCGGUCAAUGUUAGCGAGGCUUGGUUUGCGUCAGCACAGAAUGAGCCUUUGAGCCCCCCUCAUUCUUCUCCAGAGAUUGCCUGCCAAUCCCCAAGCAUUGACUACAUCAGCCAUCACGAUGUCUCUGGACAAGGCUACACGGUUUCGGACGCCAUGCCCCUUGCCAACAACAUGAUCAACCGCCGAGAAGUAGAGAGCGCCCGCAACCACGACUUGUACAAGAGUGCCGUGACUCAGAAGGACGGACUAUACCACUGCCCCUGGGAGGGACAGCCAUCCUGCAACCACAAGCCUGAGAAGCUCAAGUGCAACUACGACAAAUUUGUCGACUCACACCUCAAGCCAUACCGCUGCAAGGACUCGGAUUGCAAGGACAAGGAGUUCUCUUCCACGGCCUGCCUCCUCCGCCACGAGCGCGAAAUGCACGGGAUGCACGGCCAUGGUGCGAAGCCGCACCUUUGCCCCUUCCCUGGAUGCGAGCGCGGUGCCCCUGGCAAUGGAUUUCCCCGCCAUUGGAACCUCAAGGACCACAUGGAGCGUGUACACAACCACCAGAAAAACGCAGGGGCCAACACCUCUUCUUCUCCGGACAGCAGCCAUGCCCAGCCGGCCAAGGGACGCAAGAGGAAGACCCAGACUGAGCCGUCGCGCAGCAUCUCCACCCGCAAGACUAUUCAGAAGAUUGCGCCUCCCAAGGAAGUAGAGAAGCCCGCCGCCAAGCCUUUGGUUGAGCAGUGGAUGGACAGCCGCAAGGCCAUUGAGGACAUGGCCCGUAGCCUGGAAAACCCCGAGGACGCGCGCACUGUUCAGCAGAUUGCGGACAUGCAAAAGCUGCUCGGUGUCAUGUCUCAAAUGAGCAACACCAUGGCUCACGGCACCUUGAUGCCUGCGUCCAGGCCCAUGGAGUUCGCCUCCAGCGGCUGA